AUGGGUCUGCUGCUGGAUGCGCUAAUAAGGAUGCACGGUCGGCACAGAGACAUUGCUGUGGAGCUUGCUGGAGGACUUGGUUCCUGGCUGAGGACAGCGUGCAACGUCCUGCGGCCCGCCGUAUGCGGAGUCCUGUCCCUGAUAUUCGGUGCUUACCACCUGGUGCGGAUGUGCCUGCGCAUCGCGACCGCGGUCUGCCUCAAGGGACACUCGGUGCUCGAGGUCAAGGAGAGGACGGAAGAGCCGGAGUGCCUCAGGGAUCCUGCCCUGGGAACUCACGAGUUCGUCACUUUGAAUGAUGGUGUGACGUUGCACUAUGUUUCUGCCGGAAGCCGAGACAAGCCCUUGGUUGUUAUGCUCCACGGUUUCCCCGACAUUUGGUACACGUGGCGCAAGCAGAUACCCGAGCUCAAGAAAAACUACUGGGUCGUCGCACCAGACAUGCGAGGGUACGGACAGUCUUCGAAGCCAUCCAAUGUUAAGGAAUACCAGAUGCCCUACCUAGUAGAAGAUCUCAGAGGCCUCAUACAUUCGUUGGAGAGGAAGAAGGUGAUUCUAAUUGGCCACGACUGGGGCGCCAUCGUUUCGUGGUGCUUCGCCAACAAGUAUCCAGAUGUGGUCGACAAGCUGGUCGCCAUCAACGGAGGCCACCCGGACGCCCUGAGACAGCUUCUCAAGACAAGCCCCGCGCAGAUGUUCAAGUCGGGAUACGUGAUCGCCUUCCAGUGCCCCAAGAUACCAGAAUUAUGGCUCACCGUGGACGACUUCGCGCAAAUGACGCGCGUGCACAACCAAUGUGACGAUUUACAGGAAGUCACCUCCGUGCUGCAGUACGCGUUCUCGAAACCAGGCGCCAUGACAGCGGCAGUCAACUACUACCGUGCCGCCUACUCCAAGGAGCGGCGGCUCAGCAACGCUCAGUACCGCCGACUCGACGUGCCCACGCUCCUGCUGUGGGGGUCCCGAGAUCCGUACCUGACACCACAAGUGGCCGAGCUGAGCCGGCACCACUCGUCUAAGGCGACCGUCCAGUUCUUGCAAGAAUGUGGACAUUGGCCUCACCAGGAAGACGCACCGGUCGUCAACGAGGCCCUCGAAGCGUUCUUGGGCCGCCGGUGCCCCUUCUGACGCGGCCAGGAGAGCUGGACUGAAGCGUUGUCGGUCAUCGCUGUGACGCGAAUAGUCUGAAUAGCACUAACGGGCCUUCAUAGGCUAGGAGUGCUUUUGUCUGGGCAAGUUGGAGCGACAUUUGCGAAGUUAACCAGCACGAAAGACGAAACAAAAGACACAUGUACAAACAGGACCAGUGCUUCAUAGAUUAGUUGGUAAAUAAUUGGGAAUAAAACAUCGCUGAAAGCGAGACAGGCGAAACAAAAAAAUUGGGGGAGCUACGCACUAGUGGUGCGAGGACUGUGGAAACGG